GGUCGAUCAACAGUAACACAACUUGUCGAGGUCUAUGAUGAUAUUGUAAACUCUGUCGCAAGUGGAAAGGAGGUAGAUGUGUUGUAUCUUGAUCUAGCCAAAGCAUUUGACAAAGUGCCUCAUAAUAAUUUGUUACUCUUGAAACUUCAGUUGCAUGGUAUCACAGGUCCACUAUUGUUAUGGAUGAAGAGUUAUCUUUCUGAACCAAAACAGAGGGUUGUCCUGGAAGGUGCUUCUUCUGAUUGGCUAUCA